AUGUUAGAAAGUGAACAAGGAAAUUGGUGUGCACUUGAUCGCCAUUUCAAGUCCUGCAGGAAGCUCCCUUUUAUUCCAUCGGUUUACAGUUUUAGGGGUGGAAAAAAUGGAUCAUUUUUUGCAGGGACCCAUCAAGGAUCGGAGGUGAACUUUGAGACAAACACUUAUAGUGAAGUUUCAAGUUGUGCUGAGAAAUACAGUUCAGAAAGCCAGUCUUGGAAGACCCUCCCAAGAAUGGUAAUUGGAGGACUAGAUGAGCAAAAAAAUGAUCUCACUUGUGGGGAAUUUUUUGAUGAAGAGACAAAUAGUUGGACCUUGGUUCCUGACAUGUUGAAAGAUAUUCCACUUUCAACUUUCAGAUCCCCACCUCUUUUGUCCGUUGUCAAUAAUAAGCUUUACGUACUUGAUGCUUCCUCAAAUGAGGUAAAGAAGGCAUGGUUAGGACCAAUAAGAAGUAGCUCAUUGCCCAAGGAUUUGAAUGCCCUGCCCAAAUCUCCACUCCAGGGACCUUCUUGA